AUGGGGGCCAAUCCCAUAAAGAAUCCUAGCAACUCUGUUCCAGUUGACCAUCUGACUACUGUCCUUCCAGCAGAUGGUAUCCCUUGGUGGAAGCAGGGGCAUCUUUUACGUCUGAACCUUAUCAUCCUUUCUUUGGUGUUAUACUCAUCGGCCAACGGGUAUGACGGAUCUUUAAUGAAUGGCCUUGAAGCCCUCGACCAGUGGAGAGAUUUCAUGGACCAUCCAGCUGGUGCUUGGCUUGGAUGGAUCAAUGCAAUCUACUGGCUUGGAUGUGGUGUUGGAUACCCAACGGCUUCCUGGAUUGCCAAUCGCUACGGACGCAAGCGAGGAGUUUACAUUGGAUAUAUCUUCCUGAUUCUCGGCAGUGUCCUCCAGGCAGCGGCACCAAAUGACACGGCAUUCUUACUGGCCCGUUUAUUCUUGGGAGUUGCCUCUGCCCUGUUUGGAAACGCUGUCCCCCUCCUAAUCAACGAAAUUGCUUACCCGGCCCACCGUGGGAUCCUCAAUUCUCUUUUCAUGUCGGGAUGGUACGUUGGUGGAACAGUCGCGGCUUGGGUGCUGGUCCUGGCGACUCCCAUCACUCUUGCAAGCGCUAGUGCCACUUAUUGCUUUGCCUGGACUUUUCUUUGCCCCGAGAGCCCUCGGUGGUUGGUUUCGGUUGACCGGGAGGAGGAAGCACGUGAAAUACUUACAAAAUACCAUGCUGCGGGUGAUGCUUCCACGCCUUUGGUCAACUACGAAUUCCAGGGGAUUCUUCACACCAUUCGGGCAGAGAGGGAGGCAAGUAAUAACGGUUCCUACGCAGAGAUGGUCAAGACACCAGGUAACCGUCGUCGGUUGAUGAUUUCUAUCAGCUUGGGAAUGUUUGCCCAGUGGGUUGGCAAUGGUGUGAUUUCAUACUACCUGGCCCUAAUCCUGACAUCUGUUGGUAUCACAAAUGUUCGAGACCAGACCCUCAUUUCCGCUUGCCUCCAGAUGUGGGAUCUAGUGUUUGCUGCACUUGGAGCCUUUUUGAUUGAUCGGCUGGGACGCCGUCCACUUUUCAUGGUCUCGGCCGUGACUAUGUUUGUGAGUUAUGUGCUUGUGACAGCUCUUUCGGGGUCCUUCGCGACGACGGGCGAUACUGCAACCGGUGCUGCCGUCAUCCCGUUCCUUUUCAUUUUCUUCGCAGGAUAUUGUAUCGCUCUAACCCCCUUCCUCACCUCAUACCCCUGCGAAAUCUGGCCCUUCCGCCUCCGAUCCCGCGGUCUGACCGUCACAUGGGUCUCCACGAUUGUUGGCAUGUUUUUCAACACAUUCGUCAACCCCAUUGCAUUGAGUGCUAUUGCAUGGAAAUAUUAUAUUGUGUUCAUUGUUGUGCUGACGAUAUUCGGUGUUACGGCAUACCUUUUCUACCCCGAAACCAAAGGCUACUCACUGGAGCAAAUCGCCGUUAUAUUCGACGGCCCAGAUGCUCCGGUGGGAAGUGGUGAGCAUCAUAAGAUCCCGGUGGAUAUCAACGAUGAUUCAAAGUCUGGCUCGUCGACUGUCCACAGCGAAAUAGCCUGA